CCAAGAAUACUUGAUAAACGUCAAAAAAUGCAUAGAUUUUAGUAAUAAAUAGGAAAUACUUUUUACACAUUGCUGAGUAUGCCAACUACAAGCAAAUAUGCUUAAAAAGUAACCUUGUGUAGUAAGAGAAUUUCAAGCGGCGACAAGUCGCCAUUUUUGAACAAGCGUUCCGAUCGAAAAGUCACCUUUUUCCAUUUUAAACAUUUUGAAGCUCGGUUUGCAUUUUGCAGAAGUGAAAAUGGAGGAGCUAUCCAAAGCCUUAGACGAUCAAACGAUGGCGAAACUAACAGAACAAAAGUUUUCCAAUCAAUCCUUGAUGUUUAUUAACGACGAGCAUCUAAAUUCCAUGGGGAUAUGCGAAAUGGGACCCCGGUUGAUGAUCUUAUCGGUCGCUGAAAAGUUGCGAUGCAAGCAAUCUUUGGAAACAGCUCCGGCUAGCUCGAGUAGCUCAUCCCAAAAGUCUAAAGCUACUCCAUUAUCUGCUGACGAAUUAAGAGCAGCUACAACAAAGCAGAUGCGUGAAUUGCUUGAACGCAACACCAAGUUCAGGAAGAUUUUAUACACAAAGCUGGAUUCCAACAUUGUACCGACACAUAAGGAACUAUUAUUGAUGGUCCGGAUUCUUUGCGACGAUUUGGUUUCUAGGAUGUUGGAUAAUAAAGGUUAUCCUACCACAACAGAUAAGAAGAAGUUGGCAUGUGACAUCAUAGCAACCUUUCCGAUUUUGAAACUGACGAGAGCCAGAGAGAAUGCGCCGGAUUAUUCUUUGUUCUUCUGGAUAAACGGUGGUAAGGAAGCAGGUAAUCCACAUUCAGGCUUAAUACACACUCAUCUUCGGAAUGCUUCCCGGUUAAUAUCACCAAGCAAGAAAAAAUAUACCCGUAAAUCGAAAUUGUCUGAGGCGUACAGUGUACCAUCUGAGAUAAUUGCGAUGUCCGUGGAAUGUGCUCAGUUAGAAGCAACCCCAGCCAAUUUCAGAAGCAUAUCCCAAAUGAUGGCAGACACGCAAUUGUUUCAUAACCUACUCAUAAAGGAGAAGAAAACAGUAACUGAAGUACUCCAGGCACUACCUCACUACAAAUCAUAUAACGGUGCAAUGAUCCGUAAAGCAUAUGAGCGAAUGAAUCCCAGAUACAAUUCUGAAUCUGAUUUAAAAUCAGUUUUUGCUUUGGGACUGAUGCUCAAUAAUGAUACUUUUUUGGAAGUGAAAGACGAUCAUAUUCGUGGAUGUCUCCGGAUUCUGAUGCAGCUAUCGAGGAAAGGUGUUCGAAAGCCCAGGAACGUUGACACAUUGGGAGUCGAAGAAGAGCUAGCCUCACCGCUUGUCAGAUGGAUUCCUGAAUCCCAAACAGCGUUGGCUGUUCAAUUGGGUAAAUACGCUGCAUAUGCCGUCGAACACGGAGAGCCGAUACCGCCCCACAUUAUUAACCAAGGCGAUGUUUUCAUGUUAUUCAUAGAAGGUCAUAUCAUUUGUUUGGGUACUUGUUCGGUACAAGCGAUAGACUUUCGUGAAACUUUUCAAUGUGCUCAUUACAAGAUUCCAACUUUGUGGUGA